AAUUUAGUGUGUAUGUGUGUGUGUGUGUGUGUGUGUUCUGUUUAUCAUUUAUUUCUGUUUUCAUCGCCGCACCCACCAUAUUCAUUUUUUAUUGUGGGCUAGCUAGCGACCGUUAGCUGGGAGCUAACGCUACUGGAGCAGCAGGUGUAACGUUGUUUGAAUAACAGAAAAGAAAUCGGCGAGGUACUACACAGCAUAGCUGUUGGCUUAAAUUGCUUAAGAGGCCAAUUUAAAAUCAUAUUUGAUUCACAGAUUUAUGCCACAUCUUGUAAAUCUUGCUCACCUCCACUAAUCAGUAAGCCUGGUAACGUGCAGCGACUGUUAGUCAUGACAGGUGAGAAGUUACGCACCAUGCGAAAGGACCACAACAAACUGAACAAAAAUGAGGAGAUCAUGGACACGUACGAUGAGACGUCUAACGGGACGAUCCCUAACGGUACCGGUAACCAUUUCAAAUCCAACAAGGCUUUUCAGAAAUCGGUCAAGACCUCGGUACAACAGCAGCUCAAUGAAAACAACAUAAACGGCAACCCAUCAUCAGUUGGCACUAUUGUUGAUGACAAUAACAAGAACCCAAUCAUCCUGACGAGUGCGGACUUGGAGUUCCCCGUUCAUGAGUGCGUGUUCAAGGGAGAUGUGCGUCGGCUCUCCUCUCUCAUCAGGACCCACAGCAUCUCCCAGAAAGAUGUGCAUGGGAACACACCUCUUCACCUGGCUGUGAUGAUGGGCCACAAAGAAUGUGCCCUCCUUCUACUGGCCCAUAAUGCUCCUGUAAAGAUAAAGAACGCACAGGGAUGGAGCCCUCUAGCAGAAGCCAUCAGCUACGGUGACAGGCAAAUGAUCACAGCAAUACUGCGGAAAUUGAAGCAGCAGUCCAGGGAGAGUGUGGAGGAUAAGAGGCCAAAAUUGCUGAAAGCUCUCAGGGAGCUUGGUGACUUUUAUCUGGAGCUGCAUUGGGACUUUCAGAGCUGGGUUCCUUUGCUGUCCCGGAUGCUGCCAUCUGAUGCUUGUAAAAUCUACAAGCAGGGAAUUAACAUCAGACUCGACACCACUCUCAUUGACUUCACCGAUAUGAAGUGUCAGCGCGGAGAUCUUAGCUUCAUUUUUAACGGAGAGGCUGCACCCUCCCAGUCCUUUGUGGUUCUGGACAACGAAGCAAAAGUGUACCAAAGAAUACACCACGAGGAGUCAGAGAUGGAGACUGAAGAAGAGGUGGAUAUUCUGAUGAGCAGUGACGUCUACUCUGCAACUCUGUCCACAAAGUCCAUCACUUUCUCCCGUAGUCAGAUCGGCUGGCUGUUCAGAGAGGAUAAAACAGAGAGGAUUGGAAACUUCCUGGCUGACUUCUACACAGUGAACGGUCUUGUGCUCGAGUCACGGAAACGGCGAGAACACCUAAGUGAGGAGGACAUCCUGAGGAACAAAGCCAUCAUGGAGAGUUUAAGUAAAGGAGGCACCAUCAGCGAACAAAAUUUUGAGCCUGUGAGACGGCAGUCCCUCACAGCUCCCGCCCCCAACACAAUUUCUUGGGAAGAGUACAUCACUGCAGAACAAGGAAAGCCACCUCAUCUUGGGAGAGAGCUUGUGUGUAAGGAAAGCAAGAAGAACUUCAAAGCUACCGUAGCCAUGAGCCAGGAUUUCCCUCUAGGCAUCGAGUCGUUACUAAACGUGUUGGAGGUCAUAGCCCCGUUCAAGCACUUCAACAAACUCCGGGAGUUUGUUCAGAUGAAACUUCCGCCUGGGUUUCCAGUCAAACUUGACAUCCCCGUCUUCCCCACGAUCACAGCAACUGUCACCUUUCAGGAAUUUCGCUAUGACGAAUUUGAAGAGUCUACUUUCUUCAUCCCCACCGAAUACAAAGAAGAUCCCAGCCGCUUCCCCGACCUCUGAUCUGUCAUCUCACCUGACACAAACAGGAAAUGACCAGCGAGCUAAUAUGUUUUAGAGGUGGGAAACAAAAAAUGAGGAACCCUGUAUUGUUUUAUUCCUAUAUAUAUUAUUCGUUUAAAAGAGAAAGAAGGGAACUGGUCUCACCGAUCAGUCUUUGUUCAUUGUUGCUGAUGGAUCCAAAGCAAAUCGAUGCAAACAGAUGUUACAGAUCGCCAUCUAACAUAUAGAUGCAUAUCAGCAGUUGUUUUUUGUGAAAUGAGUGAUAGCUUUCAUUGUACUCGCUGUUCAUCACUUGAGCAGUUCAACUCGCUGCUCCGUGCUGCUGUUUUUUUCCUGUGAAAGCUGUCAGACGACAAAAGCCUGGACUUUUCAUCAUCGCUAUUUUAAUAUCCACUCGUAACUCCGAGGACUGAUUACUGAAGUCUCAUUCUUGAAAUUGCACUGACACCAUCAUCUGUAAAUAAUUCACGUCUCAUCUGUAAUUCAUCACAAAUAUAGCUAUAUCCUCAAACUGAGCUUAAUAUUCAUUUAUAAAUGAUGUACUAUAUAUAUAUAUAUAUAUAUAAAUAUAAACUCAAAGGAGUAACACUGUGUAGCAAUACAUUUCCAGUACGAAAGAAUGUUUUUAACCAGCUGGGAGAAGGUUUAGCAUAAAAACACAUUCUUAACAGUUCGAUAUCCAAGCCUUUUCCCCUGUGCAGGACGCAGUCUCCUGUGUUUUCAGGUUAGCUCAUGUUACCUCUCGGCUGUCUCCAUGUUUGUCGUGAUCGUAUGAAAUCUGUGCUCGGCGUGAGUGAAUAAUUGUACUGUACCAAGGGUUGUUGUAUGUGCGUUUGUGUGUGGGAGAACCCAGAAGGGAUAUCAGGUAAACUGUUCUUAGUUUAAUACUGCACUGAUAUUAAGUAUAUUUAAGGCAUGCUAUGGCUGUGUUGGCCUACUGGAUCACAUGCAUCUUUCAGCUAUAUUAUCUGAGCGUUUGUUUGUAUUACCUGCAGACUUAUUGGUAUUAAGAUUAAGGAAAAAUGUAACACUAACACUUUGGAACACCUUUAUAGUGCUUAUAAAACCUCUCCUUGAUGGUAGUCUGCGCAUUUUUCUUUUGAAUCCAAGGAGAGUAAACUAAGCUGUGAAGUUGAUAUCGUCGCUGGAUAUCACAAAACUGUCCAGAUGGGAAAUAAUCUGAUCCACUGAGUUGUCUCUGGCUUCAGCUAAUAUGUACUGCAACCAUACCUACUUCACUUCCCUUUAAAUAAAGCACCAGCAUCAUGUUUCAACUGA